GGACACAGGUGUGUGGCACUGCUUGGUGGCACAGGUGGUUGCACUGCUGGGUUGCACUGCUGGGCACAGGUGGGUGCACUGCUGGGCACAAGUGGGUGGAACUGGUGGGUGGCACUGCUGGGCACCGAUCAUCAGGGCACUGAUCAUCAGUGCCCUAAACGUGAGGAAAGUGCAGCCGAGAACCGGCAAUUGCAUUUCCCUGUGAUCAGUGUGUCAUUGAACACGGCUGAUCAUGUGAUAAAAGGCCGCUGUGAUUGGCCUUUUACCACAUCACGUGAUCAGCUG